GGUGUCGUCCUGCCUUCAAGUCCGCUCCACUGACUCACUCAGCCGGCAACAAAGGAGAGAAAGCCAACCCCUGGGGGGGCCAUGGGGGACGCUAAGAUUCCUCUCACUUAUUUCCCCUUUUUGUAUUUUUAUUAUUCAUUUCCGGCAGUAGUUCGCUAGAUCUCACACCCCCCCCCUCACCCCCCAUAAUAAAUACAUUAUUCAUAUAGUGUACCAGUUUGAUGACCAACAAAACAAUGUUAAGAGUGCCGACACAACAACCGACCGACUGACGAGUAAUGCUUACUCUCGUCCGAACAACCCUGGUGUGGAUGAAAUGUUCAGGUGGAUAGUUUCUCUCUGAGCCUCGGCUCUGACUGGAACCAGAAUACCAAUCAACAUGUCUGCCCAGGAAGCAAGCCAGCCUUCCGCAGCCCAGGCGGCGGAGGUCAAACGCAGACCGGAGCUGCCGCCGAAACCGACGGAGCGAACGUCCUCCCUCCCUUUGGGGGAUCACGCCAGGGCCGUGAGCCCCUCCAGCGUCAACGUCAAAAGGAUGGUGAACAAAUUCACCGAAAACCGGGUCGCGCCGGCCAACGCCGCGCGAAAGCAAGUGAGAAGGCAGCCCGCGUUGAAACCCGAGGCCGGUCCUGGCGGUGGCCAGCUCCAGCCGCCUCCGCUGCCCAAGAAGAGGACUCGCCCCCCACACGUCAAGAGCACGGAAUCAGAGGACGGCGACGGCGUCUGUGCCGAAGGAGGUCGCUCAGACCCCGAUGGCAAAGAAAUGGAGAGCCAGUCCGUCGGCGGAGAAGCGGAGGAAGAGGAUCUUCCGGAGUGGGCUCCCGGGUCCUGCUGCGACCCCGGGUGCUGUUGCGUGUGCCACCUCCGGCGACCCGGCAUGAAGCUGGUGUGGGUGCCGCUCCAAGCGGAGGACGGCAGCGAGGGCGGAGAAGGCGCCGAGGUCUUUGAGGAAGAAGGUUCCGACUUGGCUUGGUCGGAGGAUGGCGAGACGUACGACAGGCGCGCGGAGGUAGAGGACCAAGUGGAUGACGGGGGCGGCAAGGUUGACAACGAAGAGGUCACGCGUUACUCGAACGAGGAGGCCAAGAUGGAAAAGGCAAGGGUUCACAACUCGUUGGAGAUUAUAUUUGGAGAGAGUCCCAGAAGACUCGCGGAUCCUGGACCUCAUUUUUUUGUCUCUCACCCUCAGGUCGCCCCUCUUCCCCCCAAACAGAAUACAUUUGUGCCGGUUAUCAACAAAUCCACCCAGGAAAUCGAAGACAUUUAUGAGUCCAUAAUCCCCACGGUUGAUCCCAAUCACAGUAAGAAAGCUGCUCAGGACUUGGACAUUCCUCAGGUCAAGGUGCCCACGCCGGCUCGCCGGUCUAAGCCUCCAGAGAUUCAGAGGGAGGCAUGUUCAGGGUCAGCAGUCGACGAGGUGCCGCCCGCCAUCCCGCCCCGCGUGCCCAUGACUCAGGACAGUCGGAGCCUCGCGCCCCAGGCCACCACGGAGGCAGUCCCUCGGACCCCGGCCAGCCCUCUUUUGCCCAGCAGACCCCCACCGCUGCUGCCAAAGGCGGAUUACAGCAGGGACAACAAUCCCACCUUCGCACAGAAAAAGGAAGGAGAGAACGACGAAGCAGGCAAAGAGGAUUCAACGGAAGAGCCGUCUCUGACCAAGACAGAAAUUUCCAAGAGCUGGAAGUCCCGGCUGCAAAAUGAGCCUUUGUACCAGACCUACCGGGCCACUGUUAUCACAAAAGAGAUCCGCCGGCAGACGGUUUGCCGGAACAUCAGCACAGCAACCGCGGACUACGUCGUAGACUUGCCGUCCCGGAAUGAGUGCACCUUGUGGCAGAACCUUCCAGCGGUGCGGGACAGUGGCGUCCUGGAGCGGCUCACGCCUGAACAGUGCAAAUAUCAGGAGAGUAUGUUUGAGGUUCUGACAUCAGAGACCUCCUACCUCCGUUCGCUACAUGUUCUUACAGAACACUUCCUGGACAAUCGGGAGCUGGAAGGGACGCUGGUCAUCAGGGACAAGAAACCCCUCUUUUCCAACAUUCUGAGGGUCCGCGAGGUCAGCGAGAGGUUCCUGAAGGACCUCGAGGACCGAGUGUUUGAAAACAUUGUGUUCUCCGAUAUCUGCGACAUCAUCCACUAUCACUCCAAGCACAACUUCCCUGCCUACAUCGACUACGUCCGCAACCAGAUCUACCAGGAGAAGACCUACACCUCGCUCAUGAAGAACAACACGCAGUUUGCCGCCGUCAUCAACCGCCUUCAAGAGUCACCUCAGUGCCAUCGGUUGCCGUUCAUGUCCUUCCUGCUGCUGCCUUUCCAGCGGAUAACGCGCAUCAAAAUGCUCAUUGAGAACAUCCUGAAGAGAACACAAGAGAGGACCAAGGAGGAGCAGAUGGCCUCAAAGGCUUUAGCCUCCGUGUCGAAGAUCAUUGAUGAGUGUAACACAGAGGUGGGGAAAAUGAGACAGAUGGAGGAGUUGAUCCUCAUCUCCACAGCACUCGAGUUUGACAAGCUCAAGGCCAUCCCCAUCAUCUGCCAGACUCGUUUCCUGGAAAAGAAGGGAGAGCUCCAGGAAAUGUCCAAAGGAGGAACUGUUUUCCAAAUGAGAGUCAAAUUCAAUCCCAUCUACGUUUUUCUUUUUAACGACCUGCUCAUCAUCACCUCAAGCACGGUCAAGAAGGGCACGGAGCGCUUUGUGGUGCUGGACUACGCCCACCGCUCCCUGGUGCAGGUUCAGCCCCUGGAGGAGGAAAGGAACAGCGGGCCAUACGAGAACUGCUUCACCCUCAUCCUGCUGGAGAACCACAACGGACGCAUGAUUGAGCGCCUCAUCAAAGCCCCGUCCCAGCCGGACAUGCACAGGUGGAUGGCAGCCUUUCCCAGCAAAGAGGAAGAUGACGUGGUCUACGACGCCUGGGACUGUCCGCAGGUCCAAUGCGUGGAGCAGUACGUGGCCCAACAGGCCGACGAGCUACACCUGGAGCCCACUGAAAUCGUCAACGUCAUACGGAAAACAAACGAGGGAUGGUACGAGGGCAUCCGGCUGUCGGACGGCCAGAAGGGCUGGUUCCCCGUCAGCAACAUCAUCGAGAUCACCAACGAGCACGUGAGGCGGCGCAACCUGAAGGAACGCUAUCGGGUCGCCCAGGCCGCCAGCCAGGUCACCACCGUCAAGAAAAUUUAAACAGGACGCUCAAAUUGACAUUUUCCCGGUCGUGUAUCAUCACGUACAGAACUAGUGACAAAAAGGACGAUUAUUUAUACUACUUGACUCUUUUAAAAGUGAAAUAGAAUGGACACACAAUCCAAUACAAUGCUGUAAAGUGAAUAUUUUUAAUGUAUGCGCUCAGUCUUUAUAAAAGUGCCAAACCACAACGAGCAGCACACCACAGAACGGUUGUUUGGGUACUGGAGUGUGUUUUCUGUUAGUUCCCCAAGAGACAGGAAGACGUACUUGUGA